GUCUCCGGCCAUCCCAUCCAACCCACCCCGACCCUCCUCGUCCAUUGAUCCCCCCCUGUCUCACCACCAACCGCCACCAUGUCCCGUCGCGAGCCCCAAUUCAGCCAGCAGACGCUGAUCGACACGACGCCGAUGCCGGCCGAGAUCCCCAAGGUGCAGGAGAUCGGGGCCACGUCGGCGCCGCUGACCAGCGCGGCGUACUUCAUUGGGGACCGGUGCCAGGCGUACAACGAUGACUUUAUGAAGUGUAAGGCGGAGAGCAACGGGCGCGGCGAGCUGGAGUGUUUGAAGGAGGGUAGGAAAGUGACCCGUUGUGCGGCGAGUGUUAUCAAGGACAUCAACACCCACUGCCUGACCCAGUUCACCGCGCACUGGGAGUGUCUGGAGAACUGGAACCACCGUCUGUGGGAGUGUCGCAAGGCCGAGAGUGACCUGAACGCUUGUGUUUUCGACAAGUUGGGCCUUAAAAAAACCAUCCCCGGCGCCGUCGAGCCCCCCAGGCCCACCACCAGAAUCCCGCAGUACCCGAUCUACGCGGCCAACACCCCCAACCUGCGCUAGAAGAACCUGUUUGGUUGGCCGUGCGCUGCGCUGCGCUGCGAGGCGAGGCGAGGCGAGACGAGUGGGGUUUUUUGUUUCUGUCUGUCUAUCUGGCUGGCUGGUCUUGGUUGUGUAUGCUGGUGUUUGC